CGCAUACCUUCCUUAAUCUAUAACGCGACUAAGUCAUAAACCACACUAGUAGUGCAUAAUUGGUGAGUGGUGUAUCAAAAUCACAAUAAAUGGCACGUGGCAUUGGGGAUGGGUCACCUGUGCUUUUUUUUUUUGGCUUAUAAAUUCCACAGCACGUUUUGGACCUUUGGUGACAUUAAAGGCCACCACCACCACCACCACUUGCAAUUCCAAAAAGUCCCCCACUCUGUGCUAUUUCAACCUCAGCCACAUCAUUUAGUUUAAAUACAAAUAUACCCUUUGAAUUAAAUUAAGCACGGUGCUUGACUCUUCUAAUACAUUCAUCUUUACCUUUGAGUUUUGACCUUUGAAUAUUUUGACUUGCUCCGAUGGUCAAACCGCCCAUUGAUCACCAGAUAUCAAGUACACCUCUGACUUUCUCAUUCCUCAACCUAUAUAAACCCUUAAUGCAUUUCCAACUCUCUCAAGUGCGAAGUCAUUAUGAGUAGCUCAGACGAAUGUGGCGGCAGCGGUGGUGGUGCAAUUUCGAGCUCAACCCAGAAGAAGUACAAGGGCGUGCGAUGCCGGAAAUGGGGCAAGUGGGUGUCGGAGAUUCGAGUUCCGGGCACCAAAGACCGGCUCUGGCUCGGCUCCUACGCGACCUGUGAGGCUGCCGCGGUGGCAUACGACAUAGCCUCCUACUGUCUCAGAGGACCCUCUUCGGUGCAAGGUCUUAAUUUUCCGUUGAUGUUGCCGCCUGGCGUUGGGACCGACAUGUCCCCGAGGUCCAUCCAGAAGGCUGCUUCUGAUGCUGGCAUGGCCGUUGAUGCUCAGUUGACUGUAAAGCAGCCUCAAAAGAGCACACAAGAAAGUAGUAGUUUGAAUGAUGGUUGCGGGAGUACUAAUUGGGAGGGAAUGAGUGGGUUGAGAGAAAAUGAGGCUUUAAACAUUUCCGUUGACGAUUAUCUCUAAUGCUGCGUAGUACUCAAUGUGUACCGAAUAGUAGAAAAUUCAGUUUAAAUUUUGAAUUAAAUUUUCUUCCGGAUGGUAGAAAAUUUAGUUUAAAUUUUGAAUUAAAUUUUCUUCCAUUUUAAUUUUAAUAGUUAAU